AUGCUGCAUUGGCUUGCAGGCCAGAAGCCGCACGAUGGCAAUGCAGAUCCGGACGCGACUGGCUUCAUCGAACCACCAGAAACACCAGCACCAGUCUUUGCAGUACGCGCCUUCAAACAUGCCAUAUUCGGAACACCAGGAACUGUGCAAAAGCCGCCGAGACGGCAUUCUGAAGACGAGACAGCACGACGGAAACACAAUGCACGACCCGGCAUGUUGCGACCGAAGAGCGCGACCGAAACAGCAACAUUGAACAGAUACGAGCCUGCGAUCGAGGACGAGCCACUGCCGUCGCCAACGAAGGGCAUACUACUCACUCCGGGAACCGCAGCAGCUAGGAGGAAGACUGUAUCUUUCGGCGACAAUGUGGUAGACAACGAAAAUAAGAAGCCGAUGAAGAGUGUCAGCGGCUUGCCGGAUGACUGUCCUGGGAAGUUCCCGAGCCCUUGGUCGAAGUCUGUGAUUGAGCAAGAUACGACAGAGCAAUCAGCAGAAAAGCUAGGAGGACGUAGUAAGCUCACCGAGCAGCUACAGCAGGUCCGCGACGAGUCUGCAAGGAGGAAGGCGAAAUCGAGCAGACAGGCUCGAGACAGAGAUGAGCAGGAUGAGACUCUGGACUUGGCAGAGCCUGUAUCACAGUCCGGCAAAUACUGGCAGCAAGAGUACAACAUCUACCGGGAGAGGACGACGAAAGAGGUCAGGAAGCUGGUAGAGAAGACGAAGUCGUCCAGAGACUAUGCGCGGAAGGUGGACGAUGAGAAUCUGCAGCUCAAGGAGGAUCUGCGGCAAGAGACGAGCAAAGUCGCAAAGUUGGAAGAGCGUGUCUUGGAGCUUGAGGCGCAGCUCAAGGAUCUCCACGCGAAGAUGCAAGAUCGGGGCACCGUGAGACCUUCCGUCAAAGACGAGAGUCGUCCGGCACGAGGCAUCUCUGGUUUGCUAAGCGACAAUCGCAAGAUAGUCGCACCGAAGCCCGGAGAAGCAUCCGAUGAGCAGGCAGAAAAGGCAGACAGUCACAGACUGUCAUGGAAGUCCGGUCUAGCACAGCGGAGUCGCGACAGAGCUCAAAGUUCAACCACGACAGCUGCGCACGAAGAGAAGUUUGAAGAGGCGAAACCUGCCGACCAGAAGCCUUCGAAUAAGCUGCGAUCUCGACCUCGAGACAUCAAAGUCAACCCACGAGACGACAUCUGGGCACCUUCGUCUGGCCUGGGUCCACCCCCACCCGAGCCCAGUCCGCCAUCACCAAGAGCUAGCCGAGCAGUGACCAGCGGGACUGACGCUACGUGUCUCAAGUCGCUGAGCAUCAAUACAUUACCACGAGAUGACUCACGCGCACUUGCAAUGUCUAUGGGUCUACAGCCACCAUCACCCGAGCGAGAAAAGCGCCAAGACACACCCAUGCGAUCGCCAGGACUUCCUCAACCGUCUCCAGACCAGCCUGGCAAAGCCUCGACUCGACCACAACCAGAACCUGCCAAGCUGUCGUACGAGAACGAUGCGUCAAUACGAGUCCCUGACAAGUCAAGCCUCUUCAACCCCGACACGAUCCUAGAGCGACCGAAUGUCCUCACAGGGACGCCAGUGCCCUUGAAACCUUUACCUGCCCGCCCAACUCUACAGACAAGGCGAAGUCCAGAUGCUAAAGAGAACGUAGCGCCCUCAAGAAGACCCGCCGCGCACAACAUGGAGAAUGAUAAGCCAACAGCAGCCUGGAACAAUCUCGAUAACUCCAAGCGCAUCACUUCCAGAGACGGGAAAGAGAUCCCAGCAGACAAACUGGCCGCAGCGCGGGAACGACUUCUCGCCAAGGGCAGGAAUAUAUCAUAA